UUUUUGUCUUUGACAUUUUUAUCUUUUAAUUAUUCAUAAAUUGAACAUUUUUGAAAACGAAUUCACGUUUCACCAAACCUGUGAAUUGAAUAUGAAUUUUGUACAAAUAAACACAAGGAUUUUAAACUGUAAAACGAUUCAAGUAUCUCUUGAUUGUGUUUAAAACUUUAUUUUCUUAUUUAAAAUGUUCCUGUAAUGCAAUUAUUUUGGCACAAAGUUUAAAUUUAACUUCCUGAUAUGUGUUAAGUACAAAAUUAGUUUUGGCAAACUAUCGAAUGGUUAAAGAAGAGCUGACUUAAUUGAUGCGGUACUCUGAAAUCUUCGACAUGGACAGCUAUAAUUAUGGGCACGACCGACUACGAGAACUCUGGCAACAAAUUGGAAGUUUACACCUGAGCUAUCUAGAAAUGGAAGAGAGCCCAAACAAGUUGAAGCAGCGCAAUGUUCUCGAAGGUAUUAUACACGAGUAUCUUUGCUUGGCGCCACACAACCAGAAGUUUAUGUUUCGGGAAACUGCAGACGUUCUCCAUCGAUCAGCAAGCACGAAGAAGGACUUUAGUGGAUAUAAAGCGACUUUAGGAUGGAACGCAAUUGCUAUGUACGCUGCUAAUCUUGUUACUCAACCUUGGAGGAACGAAUAUAAACAGAUAAAGUUAUAUUCCGGAUUUUAUAAGCACCAAAUAGAUUCUAAUCUUGUGGGUGCCGAAGUUUUAUUUGAAGUGAUGGGUUAUAAACAUGAUGGGGAUGGUAUAUUGGCAUUUGAAGGGCCGAUUUGUCCAGAUCGAGUGAUAUCUAUUUCUCAAGAUUGUUUAAUUGCUUAUGUUGAGUGUCAGAUUCUGAAAGCCAUAUGGGAAGAAGUGUCACAUAAUUUCAAGCCGACAUGGUUAGACAUACUGGAAUUUCGUGAGACCCACUUAUGUAGCCUAAAGCAAUCAAUUCAAGCUUUAAAUUAUCGUUUACACGAACGUCAAUUUCAUCAGCACACUAGAAGUUACUCCCAAGGUACCGAUUCAUUUACAGCUGGUCCUAGGUAUACAAAUAAUACUCAUUCUUCAUCAACACUCUCUACGAAUCACUCAUUUCCACCCUUGCAUACUCACUCAUCUAUUGCUUCCAUACCUUUAGCUCCCCAAUGUAUAUAUGGAACCAAUGGGUAUUAUCCUAAUAACUUUUCAACUUACGCACCAGUAGUGUCUCAGCAUUUUCCAUACCAUGUGCCUUUCACAUACACUCAGUCCUUAGUGAAACCAAUGCACCAUCCUGCUAAUUGUUUUCCUAAUGGUUAUACAGUUCCACCACCACCCCCACCCUACGCUUGCCAAACGAUACCAACUGGCCAGCUGAUAGAAGUUGAUACACCAACUCCCCACCAUUAUGAUACGGUGGAUAGUCCCAAUAGCUCACCGCACAGAGCCAAUGAAUCAUAUAAAAUAAAGAACGAUAAAUGUAUAGGUGAAAAGGAAGAAUCCAAUUCAGAUACGAUGGCUAGUUGGGAUUAUGUGUAUCGAAAUCUAGAAAGUCAAGGUUAUUCAAAGGAUUUAGGUGAAAGAGGAGACUUACUUAGCCCGUCAUUAGAAGCUAGAAAGGAAAAGGUAUCACCCACCAAGGACGCUAGAAAAGGUAGAUUGAGCGGUUUGGAAAACUCGGUUAGUACUAUAAAUUUAAGUGACAAGCAAAAGGUUACCGACAUACAACCGAAGUAUUCGAAAGAACGAAUUCGACACAAUUCCGAUGUAAGUAAAUCGAACGAUAUGGAAAACAAACACUGUGACGCGGAAGUCCUCCACAAAAAGCAUAUUGUCAAACAAGCACAAAACGGAGUAGUGAAAUCCAAUACCUUAUCAGUACGGGAUAAACCUACUAUUAAUUCAGUAUUAAGCAGCAAAACGUUAGAUCUGCGUAAACAAAAAACUCCCCGAAGCAAUGAGAAAUUAAAAUCAAAGGAAAAUAUGAUGGACGAUGAUGAACCUUGGAAAAGGUGGCAGUGCAGUACAUGUACUUUUCUCAAUCAUUCCUCGAGCGAAAUUUGUGAAAUGUGCUUUAAGAGUAAAACUAAAGUACAAGACAUCAUGGCGAUUGGUGGAUCGCAGUGUCCAAAAUGUACCCUUGUCAAUCCCAAAGACAAUAAAAUAUGCGAUGCGUGUAGGGAAAGUUUAGAAAAUUCACCGACUUACAUAUAACUUUCUUUUAUCUUUCACCAUUCCGUUUUUAGUGUAUUUUUAAUUCUACAAAUUGUCUUUUUACAUUAUGUUCGGUGAACAACGUGAUUUUUUUAAGUAUUUUCAUUUUUAUUUUGCAUAUUUUAACAUAUUUGCUGCUACUCCUACAUUAUUCACAUUGACUUGUUCCACUCUUCUUGUAGAGACUGAUUUUUGUUUUGUUCUUUAUUAAAUUGUUUUUCUUGUGACACCUGAAGAGUUCAUUCAGAGAAGAGAAUUAGCAAACGUGUUAAAAAUAUGUUCAUUUCAUAUGCAUGGCACUGCUUUUAUUAUAUUAUUUCUUUGAUCAUUUAUCGUGUAUGUAAGUAUCUGUACAUAAAAAUUUUGUGAUGUAUAAAUUGUGAAGCUAGUUGUAAUGCUUACAAUGCAGAACUGACAAACUUACUUUAACUGUUUAUGUUAAUUUCUAAUGUAAAUAUAUGUAAAAAUCGACAAUUUUUAUUUCAUGCAUUUGAUGCUGUUUUAGGCACUGCUCUUAGGAUAUACCGUUAUGCAAAGUAAAAUGUUUAUGUCUUGUUUAUGCUAAUACAGGGUGUUGGAGGUCUAAACAUAGAUUUUUAGAUUAUUAUUGUUGUAAUCAAAACAUAACUUUUGCUUAAAAAGUUUUGAAAACUGACAAUAUUGUUUUUAUUACUCCUUAAUGCUAAGGAAUGGUUGAAUAUAACAAUCCCAGAGUCUAACGCACACAAAUGUAAAUUAUGGUUUAAAUAUUUAAAACAUGCGAUAAAUUUCAAUUUAAAAUAUGGGUUUGCUAAAUGAGUACAAAUAAGUAUGUACAUCAAAAACUACUGAUCAGAAUUGCUUUAUUUACAAUAUACUUAGAUAUAAAUUGCUUCUUAAAUGCCUGUAUAGUGUUAUGUCUUGAAAUAUUUAUUGCAUAUGUAAUGCUUGAUGUAUAGUAUUAUUAAUGUUAAAUUAAUAAAAAGAACUUUACAACCCUC